GCGGGAUACUCGCAGUGGGUCGCCGCCCUUGGCUAGCUCCAGAAGCCCAAGUCCGUGACUCGGGAGGCACAGCGAUGGCAGGCCCCCGGCACCCGGUGUCGGUAUGCACACUGGCCCUAGUGCAGACAGAGCGGCAUCAGACAUUUGCCUUCUCUGUGAGCUGGUCGGACGACAGCGACACCUUUGUGCGCAGGAGCUGGGAUGAGUUCAAGACACUCCACAAGACCCUCAAGGAAACCUUCCCGGUAGAGGCGGGCCUGCUGCGGAGAUCAGACCGCGUUCUCCCCAAGCUUCGCGACGCUUCGCUGUUGGUGCGCGGGGGGCGCACCGGCCGCGGCCUGGCGCGCCUGCGGCUGCUGGAGACCUACUCGCAGGCGCUGCUGGGGGCGGCGGAGCGCGUGUCCCGGAGCCCGGUGCUCACCGGUUUCUUUGCGCCGCAACCCCUGGACCUGGAGCCCACACUGCCACCUGGCAGUCUGGUGAUCCUGCCUGCCCCUGAAGAGCCCCCGCCCCGCCCACCGGACAGCCUCACCAUCCGUGGCCUGGAGGCUCAGAGCCUGCGCUGCCUGCAGCCUUUCAGCACCCAGGACACGCAGGGCCGGCCUUUCCAAGCACGGGCCCAGGAGGCCCUAGACGUGCUGCUGCGACACCCCUCAGGCUGGUGGCUGGUGGCAAAUGAAGACCAGCAGACAGCAUGGUUUCCUGCUCCCUACCUGGAGGAAGCAGCCUUGGGCCAAGAGCGACAACCCCUAGGGAGUGGUGGGCCCCAAUUCUGCACUGCCCUCGCCUAUGAGAGCAGCCACGAGGAUGAACUGUCCGUGCCCGCAGGGGCGCGCAUGCGCGUGCUGGAAACAUCCGACCGCGGCUGGUGGCUGUGCAGGUUCGGCAGGCGCUCUGGUCUUCUCCCGGCCGUGCGGCUGCGACCAGAGGGCCUGGGUGCUCUCCUGAGUAGACCGGGGAUCCACCGAGAGGCCAACGGCGAGAUUAGAGUGGGAGAGGCCCAAGGCUCCCCUGAGACCUCCCAGGCCGCGACCCUUCCCCCUACCGUGCCCGCCCGCCCCACGCUGAGCGCCAUUCAGAGCCGCUGCUGCACCGUCACCCGCAGGGCACUGCUGCGCAAGGACCCCCUUGAGGGUGUGUGGAAUUGCGCAGAGGGCAAGCCAAACGCUCCAGAUCCCGGGGAGGACUGAUGCCAGCCACCACCAUCAGGGCUGGAGGAGGAGCAUGUGAGGGUGGGAGCCUUGGCGGGAAGGGCCAGGAAGCUAUACUUCUCCAUCGCCUGAGUAAAGCUCUUCUGACUGAUCCACACCUCGUGUCUGCCUGUACUUAGGGGCAG